AUGUGCUCCAGUCGCAAGAUCCUGUGGAGCCUGCUCCUGCUGUCCGUGGUGGAGGUGGGCCUCGGUGUGGCGAGUAUCGUCCUGGGAGCCGUUGGCAUCAGCUGGGUCCAGGGCCAACACAAGCCACAGCAGGGCGACGCUUCCCCGGUGUGGAGCGGACUCUGUUUUCUGGUCUGUGGGAUGUGCGGAGUGCUGUGUGCUCGCAAGAGGACAGGUCUUAUUAUGAUCCUAUUUUCGGCAUGCUGUAUCUGUGGUCUGAUUGGUGGGAUCCUCAACUUCCAGUUUGUCCGGGCGCUGAACAAACGACCAGACUCCAUGCACUCGAUCCAUCUGGCUGCCAUGACUUUGGCCUGUCUGGGGAUCUCCUCAUGUACCUUAUCCACGUGGCUCACCUGUCGUCUGGCGAGCUCCGAGCAACAGAGGAUGUUCCUUGAGAGGGAGCACUCGCUACACCACUCGCACGAGAUGAGCGAGAAGGAGAUCUUGGACAACUCCAGCAACGGCAUUCCUCAGAUCUCCUACAAUGGACACACCACAGCAUCACCAUGA